AUGGCCAGGACCAAACAGGCCCGACAGCCUGAGCGAAGGAGUGAAGAGCGAAAGCCCUCUCAGGAUGAUAAGUCUGAGACAGAAGAACGUGUUUACGGUCCCGGUACCUACUUCUUAUCACGGGAAGAAUACUACGAUGUGCUGGCGCAAUGCAAUUUGAUGGAGGAGAAUGCAUGCUCCCAGCGAUGCAUUCUCGACCUCGUCAGUGCACGAUUCAACCAUCUGAACAUCACUAUUCGCACUUGGACUCACACAUGGACACGUCUCGAAUCAAUGUCGCACCUCCAACCGGACGAGAAGCACGAGAUCAUCACUAGCCUUGAUGGCUACUGUGUCCAGGAAGACUGGGACAGUAUCCACUCUCUUCUUCCACCGGGAACUCGUGAGAAUAUGGGCCCCGUCCUCGGCGCUACCAUGCUCUACCAAUUUAUCUUUUCUAAACUCAUCGACUCUCCUUUCUGGUUCUUGGAUGGAAAGAUAAGCCCCACCGAUGUUGAUGGUGACCCUCAGUUCCACCUUCGCCUUCAAUAUUUGUACGAGAGAAUCCGGGAAGCCUCUGUCUACAAGGCCGCCUGGUGGAAAUCAGUCACUAUCGGCGAAUGCAAUGCCCGCAGCGCCUUCGACAACAAUCCCGCCAAUACAGGGCUGGCACAGGGUACUGCGGUUCAACGUAAAGCAAUGGUGAAGUCUUUGACUGAUGAGUUGCUUGGACGCCGGGUCUUCCAACUUCUUCUCCGCCCAUUGGAGUAUAAGGAAGAUGUAUCUCUCCGCCAUGAACAGCUCCACCGAAUUCUUCAAGACGCUGUUGAUACGAUUCUCUACACUGAGGGAGGGAUGUUUGGCAAUACUACGGUAGAACGGCUUCCGGAUCUUCCUGUCUUCAUCCACAAGUCAGACAGAUCGAUACCCCAUAUGCAUCACUUCACCAGUCCUCAGAUUACUCCGACUUUCGCGGCUUUAGAUGGGGGCCGGGCCCUGAUCGUUACUCGUCCGGGUCUUGUUUACUCACAGAUGCAAUCUCUGGGCCGCGGUCGCAACUUCCCUCCUGAGCGAGUGAUGAAGGCGGAGGUGUUAGCGGAAGUGAAAAGGCCGACGAAGGGAAGGGUCUCUCGGAAAGGGUCAGCAUCCGGUGUUGCGAAAACGACAAAGGGGAAAUGGGGCCCACGAGCAAAGAAGGUUAGCGCCACUUCAAGUGCAGUCGAUGCGAAAGAUGACAACGAGGAACAUGGAGAAGACAAGGAGGAAAGCGGACCUCUCGGGAAGCAGAUGCCGCCGCUGAGGAAGACAUUCUGGCGUCAGUGA